UCUGUCUCCAACUUUUGUGUGUUUCAGACAGCCUCUGUUUAGAAUCAUCCCAGAUGUCAAAAUAGACAUGCUGAUGAUGUUUUGAUUAGCAUGCUGCUUAAAAUGCAGUAGGUAGUUUUUUUAUUUUUACUAAAGUGUUAAUAUCAGUGAACUCAAGGUCUGUGAGUGAACAUAAAUCCUGCAAUUUGUUCAUGGGUUCUGCAGCCGCUGUGGGUGAUAAACGGGGGGGAGAAAUACAUGUCAUCAUUGUAAAGUUAUGAUUCCCUUAAAUACAGAACCUAGAAAGAGAUGCACAGCAUUAUUAAGGACAGACAGGCAAGAGUCCGCUUUUAACAUGAAGGCUUUAUCUCCACCAGAGUCUCCACGACAAAGAACUACGAGAAGGGUCUCUAAACCUCUGAUGGAGAAACGCAGACGGGAGCGGAUCAACCACAGUCUGGAGACAUUACGACUUCUGAUGCUGGAGAACACUCGCAAUGAGAAACUGAAGAAUCCAAAGGUGGAGAAGGCAGAGAUUCUGGAGAGUGUGGUCCAUUUCCUGAAGACAGACAGGGAGGUGGAGAAGGGUCACCGGGCCAGGGAGCAGAGACCGACCUGUCCCCGCCAACACAACUACCACGACGGCAUGAGGUCCUGUCUGCUGAGGGUCAGCCACUUCAUAGCCAGCAAGAGCCAGGAGUCAGAGGAGACCGGUGGGGAUACAGUUCAGGCCUCUCUUGCGCUCCCCGAACCCCAGACACACCCUUCCUCUCCCGGGCACAUCCACAGGGCACUGAUGCCCGCUCCUGCUGGUGGCUCUGCUGCUCUGUCUCCGCAGCAUGUGCCCCUUCAUCACCACCAGCACGGGAUCUCUCAUCCAUACCUCACCCAGACUGGCAUCCACUGUGACACCAGGGAGCUGCUCUCCUCCACGGCAGCCUGCACUCACGUCACCGACCCUGUGUGGAGGCCCUGGCCUCAGUGACAGACACUUUGACACAGAUUCUAUUUUAGAUAUGUACUGUAGUUGCCGGCAGACUGUGUAAAUAUGUAUUUUAUUGUACAGCCUGGAUUUUUUUUUUGUACAGUGAAGAUAUUUUCCUUGACAACUCUCACAUUUAAGAUGAAAUUCUCCACUUUCAUGUUGCGUUUUUGCUUUACGAUUUGCGCGUCAUUUUUUUAAUUUUUGAUGUUAGUUGUGAAUAUGUGACAUUUUCAGGCGGCAGUGUCCGCAGGUUGCUGUUCUGUUUUUACAAACACGAAUACUUAAGUGUAUUUGGUGUUGCUGAGACGCGUGCGUAAAAUCGCUUUGCCUUAUUUGACUUUGACAGCUUGAUCAGGGGGUGCUGUUCUAUUUUUGCUAUCUGUGCUCUGAGAUGUAUAUAUUUUUUAGACAUGAUACUGGGAUUUGCUGAAUUCUCUGUUCCUAUUUACAAUAAAAGUACAGUUUCCUGAUCACCCCA